UCAAUCCUAACCAGUCUUGAUCAUCACUUACUGAGAAUAUCUUGGUCUUUUGGCCGCGGGUCCACCGUUUCGUUUACACAAUCGUUUAAUUAGACUUCUAUCAUUUCAAAUUUGUCGUUUUGUCGGAAGCAACGACUUUUUAAAAUCAUGAACAAAUACUUUGCUAUCGUACUUUUGGUCGCGGCUGUGGUUGUCGCCGAAGAAGAGGAACGACCAAAAACAUUCAGGAGACUCAUCCCUGCUGAUGUUCUUCGUGACUUCCCGGGGAUGUGUUUUGCAUCAACUAAGUGCGCAACAGUAGAACCAACAAAAAGCUGGGAAUUGUCACCAUUCUGCGGUCGUUCUACAUGUGUCCCGUCUGACGAUGACUCAGGAAGACUCUUUGAGUUGGUCGAAGACUGCGGACCUUUGCCAAAGGCCAACCCCAAGUGCAAGCUCUCUGAGAAGACCAACAAGACCGCAAGCUUCCCUGACUGCUGUCCGAUCUUUGAAUGCGAAGAAGGUGCGAAACUCGAGUACCCCGAAAUUCCAACCGUUCCACCACCACCAUCUGAAGCAGAAGCUAAACCCGAAGUCGCCAAAGUAUGAUUUGAUAAACUUGGAAUCAUCUCUGUAAAUUUAUAAUAAAUAAAAAAAUUAAAAAAAAAAUUAACAUAAUCGGUCGACGUAACGCGAACGUGAUUUUAUUUCUAAGUUUUUGUCACUGUACUAGCGUAAAAAAAAAUUAAAUCGUCUAAACGUCACUCCGAUUUUAAAAAUUAUAAAGAAAUAAAUAACAAUUUAUAAGUUUGUAAAUAUUAUACAAUCUACGAAAUUAAUUAUUAUUAAUUUUAUAUUGACGAUACUGCUGCUGCAAAAAAUUAAUAUGACGAAGAUUAACAAAUUAGUUGGAUUUAAAAUGGCACCAACACCACAAUUACUACACCGUCUUACCAUAGAUUUAUUGUAAAGCUUUCUUUUGCAUAAACUAGCAUCAGGAAAUUAUUUCAGCACCCAAACACAUGCACGAUAUUUUUCUCGUGGCAUAAAACAUUAUUUUCAAUUCGUAUAUUAUAUAUAUAAUUACAUCUAUUAAAAAAAUGUGUGAUUUGUAAUUAUAAUACAAUUGUAUACUGUUAAUAAUACUUAUUUAAUACAA